CGAAAAAUCCGGCUCUCAAUAACAACACAGAGUCCGGAGAAAUUUAUUCCUCCAACCUCUAAUCUUCGAUUCACGGCAUAUUAUUGAUAAUUGAUCAGUUUUUCGUAUAGUUUGGUGACUAAAAUGACGAAAGAAGAGAGCUUGGAAAAAAAGUCGGUGGAACGUAAUGAUAGCGAUAAGAAAGCAGCGUCCGAUUCGGGGCCUGAUCCAUCAGCCCCAAUCACGAGGAAAGGAGUAUUAACAUCUUUUCUAACCGGCAAACCUAUGGAAAUACCAGAACAAGACAUUCUUGGUAAAUGCAGGUUUGUUUCUGAGUUUGAAAAAUUGAAUCGUAUUGGAGAAGGUACUUACGGAAUUGUAUAUCGAGCGAGAGAUACAAAAAAUGACAAAGUUGUUGCAUUGAAGAAAGUAAGGAUGGAACAUGAGAAGGAUGGAUUGCCAGUGAGUGGUCUCAGGGAAAUAUCAGUCUUGUUAUCAUGUCGACACGAAAAUAUUGUGCAUCUAAGGGAAGUAGUAGUAGGUAGAAGUUUGGAAAGCAUUUUCCUUGCAAUGGAAUAUUGCGAACAAGAUCUAGCGAGUUUGCUGGACAAUAUGCAGGCACCGUUUUCAGAGAGUCAAGUCAAAUGUAUAGUGUUGCAAGUACUAAAGGGUCUUCGUUACUUGCAUCAUAAUUUUAUUGUUCAUAGAGACUUGAAAGUCUCUAAUCUUCUUAUGACCGAUAAAGGUUGCGUAAAAAUUGCUGAUUUUGGAUUGGCAAGAUGGUUUGGUUUACCAUUAAAACCAAUGACUCCUCGAGUAGUAACAUUAUGGUACAGAGCACCAGAAUUGCUAUUGCAAGCCAAGACACAAACUACUUCUGUUGAUAUGUGGGCAGCUGGAUGCAUAUUGGGAGAGCUAUUGGGACAUAGACCUUUAUUACCAGGUAGAACAGAAAUAGCACAAUUAGAAUUAAUCGUCGACUUAUUGGGUACACCCAGUGAAGCUAUUUGGCCAGAAUUUAACUCGUUACCGGCGCUGCAGAAUUUUACGCUUAAACAACAACCAUAUAACAACUUGAAACAAAGAUUUCCUUGGUUGAGUGCAGCUGGUCUUAGAUUGUUAAACUUCUUAUUUAUGUACGAUCCUAAGAAGAGAGCAACCGCCGAAGAAUGUUUGCAAAGCAGUUAUUUCAAAGAAGCUCCUUUACCUUGCGAUCCAAAACUUAUGCCUACUUUCCCACAACAUAGAAAUAUGAAAAAAGCGGCUGCUCAGAAAGAAAAUCGCGAACAAGAAUCUACCGUUACUGAUCAAACCAAUAAUCUACCAGCAAUUUCAGAUCUUCUUGGAUCGUUAGUUAAGAAAAGACGUGUUGAGUGAAAAAAUUUUCAAAUCAACUUGAUCUCUUGAUUUUUUCUUUGAAAUAUAUAAUAUAUAUUGUCAAUUUUUUUUUAAAUGUAUCCGUAAAUAAAACUGACAUUAUGAUUGAUAAUAUAACAUGUAAACUUAUUGACAAUUAUACCUUUUGCAUAAAACAUUUUUAAUGAUAAUUGAUAACAUUAUGGCAUCUGUUUUAUUUGGAAAAAUAAUUCGUGAACAACAGAUUAAUAAGUUUACUGUUGUAUAUUCGCGCGAAAGAUGCUAAUUCAAUGAAUAAAAUAAAACUUCUAAUAAA